AUGCAUUUUUUGAAGAUUUCUAGUAUCCUGACUCUUUCUUCGACUGUCUUCGCAAACCAAUGCUACAACCAUAAGGAAGGCGUGCAGAAAGUGCAAUGCGUUCAAAAAGAAGAGCUAUCACAAUUCGCCUCCAACUACUGCAAAGAGAACUGGAGCAAGCUUGUGGGAGACUGGACCGAAUACAAUGAUCGAAGUGGAAACACGGCGAAUAUUGGCAAGGUGGCCAAUUUUCACUCAGAGGAAGCCUGUAUCAUUGCCUUUCUGCAAGUAGUGGAAAAAUGUUACGAUGGCUGGGGUGGUGGCCUGUCGAUUGAUGAGGGGGCUUUGUUGAAUGUCAAUUUUUGCAAGUGGCAGGCGGAGCCAAAGAGAGUUCGAUAUGAUUCGUUGGAUGCUAGACCCGAGGCAAAGAGAGUUGGAUGGGAUGAGUUAAUUGACGUUCCUGAAGCAAAGAGACUUAGACCUGAAGCACCAAGGGUCAGAUAUGAAGGACUCCGAGAAGCAAAGAGGGUCGCGUGGGAUGGAUUGAAAGAAGCGUCUGGAGCUAGAGGAUCCAAACGGACCAAACCUACGGCUCCACGAGUUCGAUAUGAAGGACCCCGAGAAGCGAAAAGAGUAGCCUGGAACGGAAUCCCAGGUGACCAUGAGCACACUGCCAAAAGAGUUGGAUUUCAAGGAUUGAGACUGCAAUCUCAAGAUUUGUGA